GUUCAAUCUCGCGUCAAUCGCGGAAGCACAAAAGUCAAGAGCAACAAACCUCAGCAUGAAGCGCCUUAGCUGGAUUACUUUUGUCUUUCUCCCACUUAUGUUCAUCGCAAGUCUCUUUGGCAUGAACGUCGACGUCUUGGCAUCCGACCCUCCUUGGUGGAUUUAUAUUCCCUUCGCGUUGGGAACUAUGUUAUUGACACUGGUAGUGUGGCUGACUUUUAAGUGCAGCAAUGUCAGUCUAACUAGUCGCUUUCUAGUUUGAUGGUUGCUAAUAACCUACAUAGCUGGAGGACAACAUAGAGCGGGGAUUCAACCGUCUUACGAGGCGGCGGCUACAGCCAGAUCUUGAGAAAGGCCAGCAACGAAGCAUGUCUCCACAACGAAGAACAGCG